GUUGAUUCAUAACUCAUUCUGCUUCUGCCUACAUUUCAAUUCAUUUUUCUUUCCAUAAUACUUUCUUUCAAAUAAUAUAUUCUAUCAACAACAUUUUAUUUCAAAAUGGAAGUUACACCAACAAUUCCCAAACCUGAUCUGCCUUUACAAACAAGAAUAACCCUAGCUAUUAUAGGCCUAUAUAUCGACUUAACUCAGAAAAAAGAUGGAACAGUCCGUCGAUGGCUCGCUAAUUUAUUUCCGCCCAGGGAUCCUGCACCCGUAGACGAUACUAUCAACUCAUACGACGUUGUCGUGAACCCAACUUCCAACAUUUGGUUCCGUGUAUAUAUCCCUAAAGGGCACAAAGUUGAAGAUCUGCCACUUUUUACAUAUUUUCACGGAGGCGGAUAUUCCCUGCUUUCUGCUGAUGUGAAGAUGUAUGAUGAUUUAUGUACGGAUCUGGCUGUAAAAUUUCCUUGUGUUGUUGUUUCUGCUGAUUAUCGUCUUGCCCCAGAGAAAAAAUAUCCAACACAAUAUCAGGAUGGAAUUGAAGUGCUUAAAUUUCUUGAUAAUCCAGAGAACCUCGCAAAAUCUGGUCUUGAAAAUGCGAAUGUUUCUCGCUGUUUUAUUGCUGGAGAUAGUUCUGGUGGAAACCUAGCUCAUGCUGUUAAUCUAAGUGCUUGCCUAACCAAGUUCGAACAACUCAAGGCAGUCGGUUUGGUGACAAUUCAACCAUUUUUUGGAGGAGAGGAGCGAAUAAAGUCUGAAAUUGAACUUGAUUUCAAAGUACCUUUUUUGAACACGCAAAGAACGGAUUUAUUUUGGAAAGCAUUGAUGCCAGAAGGUGAAGAAUAUAACCGCGAUCAUCCAAGCAUUAACGUCAGUGGCCCGAGGGCAGUAGACAUAACAAAAUUGGAUUACCCAGAAACCAUGUUAGUUGUGGGUGGGUUUGAUAUUCUAAAAGACUGGCAGAUAAGGUACUACGAGUGGCUGCAAGAGUCUGGAAAAAAAGUACACUUAUCGAAGUACCCAAACAUGUUUCAUGAUUUUUGUAGUUUUCCAGAACUACCAGAAUAUGAUCAACUUAUUACUGAAAUGAGGGAGUUUGUGUACAAGCUCUUUAACAAGAGUAAGAAGGAAUGACAACAGAUGCUUAAUUGAGGCUGGGUAAAUUGAUGACAAGUUUGACUAGGACUCGAAGACCUGUCGUUAGCUUAGCUUCAUUUAUAUCUACAUUUAAGGGAAAGUUUACUAAAUUUUAUUCGGUUUGCUAUUGUGUGUAUUUAAAUAAAAAAAAUAUGUUAUAUAUACUAAAGAGUUUAGGGUCUCUUAAUGUAAUUAACUAUACAUAAAUGCUUAUUUUGUUUAAUGAACAAUUCAGGUGUUCAUUUUAUUUCACAAGAUAAACAUUCAUUAUAGAUCAUUACAUUAUGAAACCCUGAACCCUUCAUUAAAUUGUAAUUCUUUCAUUAUUGAUGUAUCCAACUUGCAACCUAUGUUGUAUGUAUUAUUACUCUAUAAUUUGUUUUGCACUUUAUGUAUUGAAUUUUAAUGUGUUUUUUUUUCUA